ACUGCUGGACUUCGACAGGUUUGACUGCUCGGUAGUAGAAGUCUUUCACGAUAAGCGCGUUCUUGUUAUGCUCUGUGGUAUGGUAGUAGCUGUUUCCAAAUUAUUGCUGUGCACUGUUAUAUAGUGGGGGCGCGAAUAAAGCUUUAGAGUCGCAACAGUUCUAGUUCUGUGCACUUAUGCGAUAAAUGAUCGGUUUGUGAUGUAAAGUUAGCUUUUUCUCUGCAGGUAACUUCACUGUUUAGUCUCCACUCAACAGUAAUAACACAUCAUAUGUAGUUCCUGUUGCAAAGAAGUCUUUUCUUGUGAUUUUGUGCAACCCCUAACAAGGUAGCGUGUUUCGUUUUUAUAUUUCCGCACAUUAGCCAUUAUAAAGGUUGUUAUGAACUUGUUUCACAUUUUGUCACGUUACAGCCACUAUUUUUUAUUGGAUUUUUUUGUUGUUUGACAAUGACAAACCCAAAGGGAAGUAUUUUGAGAAGUAGAGGUUGCUGCAUAGUUUUUGAAACGUUUUCACAUAGAAUCUGAAAGGUGCGGUGUGCAUUUUUAUUCAGCCUCCUAGUCAAGUUUGGAGAUGGAGAACUACUGUUAGGUCUCCAUUUCUGUGCCCCUGUUAAACAUAUUCUAGGUGUCUCCCAUCUUGGCAGAAUUACCUCAUCAGCAUGUCAUUUGGCUCAGGAGAGGCCUGGUAAUGAUCCAUUCAUUUGAUCCAGUUGUGUUGGAGCAGAGAUGUAUCUAAAUGUUAAAGGAUAAUACCUCUUGGGCACUCUUAUAAAACAAAUUCUAACUAAGUAAAGUUCAUGAAACAACUCUGGGUGCUGAUACAUUUUUAAAUGGAAAAUUGGCAUUUUUCAAUUUAGAAAAUACUUCACAUUUUUCACUAUUUGAGCUGCAGAUCUGAUUAUAGAAAAAGGGACUGAAUCAAGGAUCGCAAGACUCUCAGACUUGGUGUUUUACAGAAGAUGGGUUAUUUGGAGAUGUAGAAAAAUUUUUUUUUAACAAAAACAGAAGUUUAAUAUGUCUACUGUGUUUUUAGCCAACUUCUGCUCCACCUUGACCUAAUUUCUGUGACAUGGAGCCAGAUGGGGAGCUUAACCCGGACACAGAUGACCUUCCUCUCAGAGCCAAUACUAACCACAUACUCGUCAGGCAUUACGUGCUGGACCUGACCGUUUGUUUUGACAAGAAGAUCAUCAGUGGUAGCAUUGUUCUGUUCCUUGAGCCUUGCUCUGCUGAGAUGGCUAAAACUAAGGAUGAUAUUGGACCAGAAACUGGAGAUGGUGAAAGGCAGGAACCCAAUGAGGAAGAUACAAAGCUUGGAAGUGACACUCAGAGUUCAGAUUUAUUUCAGAGCUCCAAUGCUGAGGAUUUCACUUUAGUGCUGGACUGCUGUGACCUUGAAGUGUCAAAGGUGGAAGAGGUGGACACUAAUUCUGUAUCAGCGGCAUUGGGUUUUCCACUUACGGCUGCAUCUGAAGAUAUUUCACUGGACUCACAAGCAGAUUUUAUUCAGCACCUUUUCUCCAUGCCCUCUUCCCAUUGGAAGGAAAAGCAUCGGCGCUUUUUACUAUGCAGCCGGAGCCCUGGCGUCCAGAAUAGCAACUCGCUUCACUUCCACACAGAUCGCUGGAGUUUGAAGCUGAAAAAAAUGGGGGUCACAACUUCACAAGGCUUCCCCCGUAUUAUUAGGAUCUACUACAUGACAAAACCACUGGGAGGCUCAGUGAGGUGGACCAAGGACCAGGACAACAGGGAGUGUGUUUACACCGCCGGCUCUCCCAUCAACAACCGGGCCCUCUUCCCCUGCCAGGAGCCUCCUGUUGCCAUGUCAACGUGGCAGGCAAGGGUACGGGCCCCCAGUGACUGUGUGGUGUUGAUGAGCGGGGAGGAGGAGGAUGUUCCAGCUGAGGACGGGGACACACAUUUCCUGACCUGGAACUAUUACGUCACAAUGCCCAUGCCUGCGUCCACUUUCACUUUGGCUGUGGGACACUGGUGCCAGGUUCCUACAGAGACUCCUUCAACUCUGGAAAACGAGGUUGAAGACGGGGUGGGCUGCAGCUGCCUCAAGGCUGAGCUUGUGUCAGAACUUGCAAAGUCUCCUGGUGAAGUAAUAAGAGGCGCUCCAUGUCAGAUUGGCAGAGAUGAGGCCACCAGCUCAGACUCUGCAUUCUGUCACUCUUCCCUUGGGCAUAAGGAGCUCUCUUUAACUGAUUAUUCAGGCAUGGAAGAUGACGGCAUCUCUUGUUCCCAUGGCGACUACCCUUGUCGGUUUGCUGAGCGGUCGGCUUGGUCCCAGCGGGUGGUUCCACACCGUGUAUUUAGCCCUGCCUGCCUGCUCCAGAAGGCUCAGAUGGGAAUCCUCAAGCUGCUGCCUCAAUGCUUGGCUGCAGCCCAUGCGGUUCUAGGAGUUCACCCUUUUCCCCGUCUUGACGUCCUUAUCGUCCCAGCAGGAUUCUCCAGUCUUGGCAUGGCCAGCCCCCAUAUAAUUUUCCUGUCCCAGAGUGUGUUGUGCAAGGAAUGUCCUGGUUCUGGAGUGAAUAGACCGACUCUGAGUGGAUCCAGGAUUUGCCACGAGAUUGCCCACUCCUGGUUUGGCCUGGUUAUUGGAGCCAGAGACUGGACAGAGGAAUGGAUCAGUGAAGGCUUUGCUACUUUUCUGGAGGACAUUAUAUGGGCCCAAGCACAACAACUAUCUUCACAACAGACUGCAGAGCAAUUUGACCUGAAGGCGUUGUUGAGGUGGAAGCGACUUUCAGAUGAGUUGCAGAACUCAAAUGAAGAACUUCAAAUUCUUCGACCGAACAUGGAAAGAACUGGUCAAGUCAGUGAUUCUGGCUCCUCCACAAUCAAACAUGCGCUUAACCCCGACAAAACUUUCAUGCAAGUCCACUAUCUCAAGGGCUACUUCCUUCUCAGGUUCUUGGCCAGUGAAGUUGGGGACCAGCACUUAAUUGACUUCUUCAGAUUAUUUGUAAAGAAAUACCAUGGACAACUUAUUUUGUCUCAGGAUUUCCUGCAAAUGUUCCUGAUUACCUUCCCACACAUGGAGAGAAAGGGCCUCACCCUCAGUGCUAUUUACGCCGACUGGCUUGAUCGACCGGGAAUUCCAGAGUGGCUGCAUGAAAGGAGCGCCGUGUGGUCACAGGCGAGGCUGGUGGAAGAAGUCAAAGCAGAGGUUGUAAAAUGGAUUCUCUCCAGUCGGACUCACCAGGCGAAGGGCAGAAAGCGGAAGAGAACAGAACCCAAGGUGAACUACAAAGAGCUGACGACGGAGCAGCUGGUGAUGCUUUUGGAGCUUCUACUGGAAGAAUCGGAGCUGAGUGUGUCAUCGAUGCGUGCUCUGCACAAAACCUACAAUCUGCAGAAUCAAGAUGCUGAGGUCCGACAUCGCUGGUGUGAGCUGGUGGUUAAACACACUUACUCUCAGGCUUACUGUGAUGUUGAGGACUUUCUGCUUCAUGAUCAGGCAAUGGGUGUGUAUCUUUACGGGGAGCUGAUGGUUCAGGAGGAUCCAGAGCAGCAGGCUUUGGCUCGUCGAUGUCUCGCAUUGGUCCAGGAGGAAAUGGACCAAUCAGCACGCAGAGUUGUGGAGGAGAUGAUUCUGUGACACUGGAGGUUUGCGGAAUGCGGACAGAGACGACAAGAGUUUGGCCCGGAGGAUGAACGAGGAUGCAGCACUCGCUCCGUCUUUCUCUGGGACUCUGCAGGAACACCAGAAGGCUGCCUUUGUGCUCUACAGCCAACUGGAAAGCUCCAGCGUAUUCGAUUACAAUGAGACUACGCAAGCUGUUCGCAGCAGAACAGCGUUGUCAGGCAAAAAAUAAAAACCAUCAUUCCUCAUUGUCUUUGAACGUUAAUGGAGGAAAAAUGAGAAUUUCACAGAUAAAAGCUCAGACAUGUUUAACGCUGUGAGCUUGAGUUGAUGAUGUCAUAGGUGUGUUUAGGGAUGACUUCACAUCUGUUUAGUCUUAAAUGGUUCUUUGAAGUUUAGACUGGAAAUUUUUUAAGGGAAGGUAAAUUUCACAAAGGUUAUUCCUAUUUUCACACUUGACUGCAUUAAGACUGACCCUAGACAGCUCAGGGCAUUUUUCUGUGUUGGCAUAAUGAAUUGUAGAAAAAUAAUAUUUUUAUAUUAAAUAAACAUUUCCACAAAUAUAAA